ACCAAUAACGUCGUUUCUCUUCUGCGUAAACGGAAGUGAACAGUGACCAAGAACAAUUUCCACAUUUGCGUUUUUCUUUUGACGUUUAUUGACACCAUGGAAAUCAAAAUAUGACCAAUUUAACCGCACAUCAUCACAUACUUAGCCCAUAUAGUCUUUAAUUCUCGUUGGAUAUAGGACUUAGUUGAUAGAUGUUAUCUACCUAGCUGCUAACAAUGGCUAACUGUUUGGUUUUUCACACUCAAAUAGCCUCCAUUAUGGAGGUGCUUGCGAAUGCAGCCGUGGCAGACAUUUGUAAACUCGUAGACGACGACUAUGCAGUGUUUCGUUUGGAAAUUUCUCAAAGCCAGAAAGAAAACAAGACAUUGCGGAGGAAACUACAGCUGCUGGAACUGAAGGUGGCACGGGAGCGCGUCCCCGCCAGUCAUCCCAGUAGUGUCAAGAUCCUCGACCGACACCGAAGCAUUGCAAGAGGUGAAGGACAUCUCACUGGAGGCCACAGGAGGGUUGUGAAGCCAGCACGACACAAUACAUGGAGAGAUGACCAACCAAUCACUGUUGAUGAGAGUGGAACCUCAACCCAGCACGUUAUCAUGAUAGAGUCUGCAGAUGCAGAAGCUGCAGGUCCUGGGGUUAAGCAGGAGAGGUCUGAAGGAGAGGAUGACCCACGGCACAGUAGAGACAUCCAGACUGGAGCGCCCCCUGUAGCCACAGAGGACCCCACCACUGCCCCAGCACAGCCCAGGAGCCGACACAGCAUCACGGAGGAGGGACUAGAGGUGCUGCUGGUAAAGGAGGAGGCUCUGGGGAACCCUGAGGGGACCAUGGUCAUGGCGGACAACCAGACUACACCUCCUCCUGAACUCACAGAGGAACCAGCUGAGCAGCACAGGACCACACACAGUCUCACUGAGUCAGUAGACAUGGAGGAUGGGAAGCCUGAUCUGCUGCUGGUCAAAGAGGAGACAAUAGAAGACGAACCAGAGAGCAUUGACCUGCUGAGUGGACUAAAGAUGGGGGAGCAAGGUGGUUGGGUGGAGGCUAACAGAGGAGACUGGGUGGCCAUCUUGGAUUCCCAGACUCAGACGGGUGCAGCCAAGGGCCUGGGGGAAGGCAUCACUGAGCAGGCCAGGACCAGAGGCGACAUAGUGGACGUCAGAAGCUGGGACAGCGACCUCAACUCUGGACUGGGGAACAACACUGUUGACCACAACCAGGAACAGACAGUGGAACACAAAACAACAUACGAAUUUAGUCUCCAUGACAACAGACUGGCUGAAACCAGGGUGAGGUGUAGAUUUGGUCCACGGGGACAGAGAGGUGUCCGUAUGCAGCGGGAGAGAUCAGAAACAGACUCUGUUAACGAUGCUCCGUCCUGCUCCUAUAGUUGUGAUUCAGAGAGACUGAUGGCGCCUCAGGUUAACCCACUAACAGAUGCUGCCUUCAGCCUGCCUUCUAUAGGAUCUAUCAACUUGAACGUGGACCCUGCGACAUCACAGACACUCCCUGGCCUUCGUCCUCCUCACACUCUCCUAAUGUUAAACCAAACCUCAGACAAUGCCAGUGCCUCAACACUAAAUGGCUACACAAGCCCAUUGACAAAUUACAGUAUUAGGAUUAAUGCUGUCAGUCGAUCUGGUGGCAAAGAGAAGCGCUUCCCGUGUUCGUUCUGUGGGAAAGCCUUCAGUUUCCCAAAACAGGUGCAGAUCCACCAGAGGGUCCACACAGGGGUAAAACCAUUCAGUUGUACCCAGUGUCACAUGUGCUUCGCUCAGACUGGUGACCUGAAGAGGCAUCAGAGGGUACACACAGGGGAGAAACCCUACAGCUGCCCCCAGUGUGAGAAGAGGUUCUCCCGCAAGCACCAGCUGAAUAGGCACCUGAAGGUUCACACGGGAGAGAGGCCGUUCGCUUGUACACACUGCAGGAAGAGGUUCUCAGAGAGGAGCUGCCUCAGGAUACACCAGCAGAAUGACCAUUCCACUCUAUAACAUAGAAAGGAACUGUAUCUCAAUACCUUCUGAGGUUUAGAUUAAACCCAGCAGUAAAGAGAAAGAAUAAUUGUCAUUGUUGUCAGCAGGAAAGAUCCACAGAUGCAUUUAGAAUAUCGAGAGUAACAGAUAUUCUUUGGUAGAAUAUUGCAUCCAGACAUUGUGUGAUAUACACUGAAUGUACAAAACAUUAAGAACACCUUCCUAAUAUUUAGUUGCACCCCCCUUUUUGCCCUCAGAACAGCUUCAAUUUGUCGGGGCAUUGACUCUACAAGGUGUCGAAAGUGUUCCACAGGGAUGCUGGCCCAUAUUGCCUCCAAUGCUUCCCACAGUUGUGUCAAAUUGUCUGGAUGUCCUUUGGCUGGUGGAUCAUUCUUGAUACAUACGGGAAACUGUUGGGUGUGAAAAACCCAGGAGCAUUGCAGUUCUUGACACAAACUGUUGCGCCUGGCACCUACUAUGAUACUCCAUUCAAAGGCACUUAAAUAUUUUGUCUUGCCCAUUCACCCUCUGAAUGGCACACAUACACAAUCCGUGUCUAAAUUGUCCCAAGGCUUAAAAAUCCUCCUUUAACCCAUCUCCUCCCCUUCAUCUACACGGAUUGAAGUGGAUUUAACAAGUGACAACAAUAAGAGAUCAUAUUUCUUCAUGUCAUUGGAAGAGCAGGUGUUCAUAAUGUUUUGUACACCCACUAAAUAAGGCAUUUAUACAAUGAACAAAAAUAAAUGCUACAUGCAACAAUUUUAAAGAUUUUACUGAGUCAAUUGAAAUAAAUGAAUUGGGCCCUAUUGAUAUCACAUGACUGGGCAGGGGUACAGCCACUUGGAAGCCAAGGUUUUUGUUCCGUGUAUUUAGGAUGUUCACAAAUGCCUGUUACAUUACUUCCAUUCAACUACUUAAUUUAUUCCCCAAGACACUUUUAAUGAGAAAAUGUUUAUCAAGUUCAUGUAUAUUUUUAGUUGAGAUGUGUAUUUGUAGUUUUCAUAUGGUGUAUUUAACACUGUUUAUUAAACACAAAAUGGGACUUUU